AAUCCGGGAAAGAAACAUCCAAUGGCUGCUGCUGCUGCGUGGUCUACCUCUACCGCCAUAACCGCCGCGUCACUCGGAGGAGCUUCCUACCUAAUCCCUUCGCGAAGCGCAUUCCUGAGACUAUCUCCACUCUCGCAAUCGAAAACACUGAACCUCAGUCAUAUACAGCGGAGAAGAGCCAAUGCUCUGUCGCCGAGGCGCGUCGUGGUACGCGCCGCCAGAAUUGAGUCAGGCGGAGUAAAGUUAGGAGCCAGGGCUCCGGAAUUCGAGCUUACGGAGCCGCUAACUGGGAAUGUAUGGAGAUUAGAUGAUUUCGAGCUGUAUCCAUGUCUACUGGUUAUGUUUAUCUGUAACCAUUGCCCGUUUGUGAUUCACUUGAAGAAAGACAUUGUUAAGCUCUCUAACUUCUAUAUGGAGAAAGGUCUUGCUGUUGUUGCAAUAUCUUCAAACUCUGUAGUAACACAUCCUCAGGAUGGGCCAGAGUUCAUGGCAGAGGAUGCAAAGAAGUUCAAGUAUCCAUUUCCUUAUUUAUAUGAUGAAUCCCAAGAGGUUGCAAAGGAGUUUGGAGCUGUCUGUACCCCUGAGUUUUUCUUAUAUAAGAAGGAUGGUCGUAGGCCAUUUGAACUGGUUUAUCAUGGACAGUUUGAUGAUUCUCGGCCUAGCAACAACACACCAGUAACUGGGAGGGAUCUACGUCUCGCAAUUGAUCUUACCCUUAGCUGUCAACCAAUACCAACGAAUCAAAAGCCAAGUGUUGGUUGCAGCAUAAAGUGGCAUCCAGGAACAUAAUCGUGAGCUAAGACAUUGACUCUGCUCUAUCACAAUUUAUGUUCCAUAGACUCAGGUUUGUUCCAAAAUCAAAACUGAAAGGAGAGAAGGCAAGGCAGAAGAACUUUGUAAGCAUGUCCGUCCAAAUAACGUAUGUAGUGUAAGUUGUAUUCAUUAUUCAAGAAAAAUAUACAGUACUCUACUACUCCACGGAUCCUAUCUCGUGGGAGCGUUCAUGUGUGAUAUAAAUUCAUGAACAGUAUAAGAAUGAAUAUUUAAUGUAAAUAGUACGUCUUCUGUAUUUAAGAAAGUAAAGUAUAUGUGAUUAAAAGGAAUGGAGCGAUUGAUCGUCCUGGUCAAAUCCCGAACGUUGUAAGAUCUGUUGAACUCCAGUGAUCACUAUUGAUCAUGAAGCUUCCCUGAGAAAUCAACUGGUCUGGCUCCUCUGAGAAUGAGCAAUCCAGGAUCUCUUGAAUCUCUUUGUCAUCGAGUAAACCUUUAAACUCGAAGAUCUCUUCUUGAUCUUCUUGGAGAAACUGACCAAAAGCUCGAUGAUCUUCCUGGAUCUUCUCGGUUAGAUUAUUAAAUUCUCCAUAGAAUCCAAGAUUCACAUCAGUUUCUUGGCAGAUAUCCCAGCUCAAGGAAUCCAAAGCGUG